AUGGAGAUGGUGAAGGAGGUUUUUGGGUACAAGGUGAAGUAUGGGAAGGCAUGGAAGGCCAAGCAAGCUGCCUUUGAGAUAUUGUAUGGUGGUUGGGAAGAAUCAUACAACCGCCUCGCGAUGGUGUUGAAAGCGAUGGCGGCAGAAAAUCCUGGGAUGUACUAUAUGGUAGAGCCACAUCGUGUGAGAACAAGGAUAUACAAUGAUGCAAUCGUUCGAAUAUUUGGACAUGCAUUCUGGACUUUUGAGCCAUGCAUUAGGGCCUUCAAGCAUUGUAGGCUGGUUAUGUCCGUGGAUGGCACAUUUCUAACUGGCCAGUUCAAGGGCACAUUGUUGAUCGCCGUUGCUAAUGAUGGUGGUGACAAAUUGGUUCCAUUGGCGUUCGCUUUGGUGUCGGCGGAGAACAAUGACAACUGGGAGUGGUUUCUUAGUCUAGUGAGGACCAAGGUAAUUGGACCUGAAAGAGAGGUUUGCAUCAUCUCGGACCGCCACCUAGGGAUACUCAAUGCAGUGGAGAUUGACAUUCUAGGACAUCCUCGCGUGCACCAUGGGUGGUGCAUGAGGCAUUUUGUUUCUAACUUUUACCGAGCAUGUCGAGACAAGGAAUUGUCUGACGUUCUUCAUGAUUGUUGUCUCGCAUUCACCACUAGACAUUUUGAGAAAUUGUGGGACAAAGUGUAUGCCAAAGCAAACUAUGGUGGCAAAGAUUUCCUAAAUAGGAAUCUUGCCGAUAAAGGAAAGUGGGCACGGGCUUUUGACAAUGAUGGAGUGAGGUACGGUGACAUGACAAACAACAUGGUUGAAUGUUUCAACAUGGUGCUAAAGGGUGUCCGUGCAUUGCCGGUGACAGCAAUAGUAGAGUAUACAUUCCAGAAGUUGAAUGUCUAUUUUCAAAAGUAUAGUGAAGAAACAUCCAACUUGAUGUCCGGGAAAAACAAGGCUAAAAAGAUGUACAAGUAUCCACCAAAGGUCGACGAUUGGAUGGAAUACCAAGCAAGAAGGCGGAUUCACACAAAAUCCAGUCCUUUGAUAACAUAG